ACAGUGUUCUCUAAAUGGAAUUAUAACUAAAUCUCCAUGGCUACAUAGCAGACCCUUUGAACUGAUUUACAGUUUAACUUUGACAUGGACACACAAGACAUUCCAGACUCAGCCAUCAGAGCUGUCUCCAAGAAAUUGCGUCACUACAUUGAUGUGCAGAGGAGAGAGGAAGGAUUUGAUAGCUCAUCUCCUACUAACCUCAUGGGCAACUUCAGCUCGACCAAGGGAACAGCAGGGACCUUUCAUUACAACAGUCUCCAAGAUCGCCACCUCAAACACUAUUACCAGCAGCCGCUAGUGAGACGCCAGCUGGUGGAGGCUGGAGUCAUUCAUCCAGGCAUGCUCAGAGAUAUGAGACGCAGAGAGAGAAGUAGAUCAGCGGGACAGCAACAAAGACAUAGUGCUAAGAUGGAGAGUGAUGUACUCUUGACCACAGCAGCAAGGCUACUACUAUCAAGUAGCUACUGCUCACCUGGGGGUAGAGAAAAGAGUUCAUCACGUCGUACCCAGUCAGUCAGAGCUCCAUCAUCAAGGCCAUCGCACACACAAACACAUUCAACACAGUCAGUCAUAGAGACACCAGAGCCCAGCAGUACAAGCUUACCACGGUCCAAUCAUUCCCCUACACCAUCACCACCUCGGUGUGUAACUCCUGUUGUUAGGUGCAGCGUGGGUGUAGGCACACUCCACACAUCUGAGGCAUGCACACAGACUGCAGUGGAUGUAUCCACACAGACACACCUCUCAAAGGUACUUGAGAAUGCUUCAAAGUCAAAGAGUAGAUCACAAAAAGGACGUCAGAAACUCAAGACAAGGAACACUUCCUUAGAUUGUGACAGCUAGCAUGCAGAGACUUAUUAUUUCAUGUCUUAAGUUUUGAUUCAUCCGAAAUUGCUCUUACUGAUCAGUAACUUGUUGACAAUGUGAUAA